AUGCCGGGCCGGGCGGGCGACAGGCACCAGCAGGGCCAAACUGGACCCUCAGGAGGAAAGGCAGUACCGCAAAGACCUGCUAAAGCAGUAUCCAAAAAACGGGAUGAAGACCUGUCCACUGAAGUGGGAGAGGGGCUUGAUGAAUGGGGAACAGCAAAGACUCUAAUCAAACCUCCAGAUCAACUGGAGUUAACAGAAGCUGAAUUAAAAGAGGAAUUUACACGAAUUCUGAGAGCCAAUAAUCCCCACGCUCCCCAGAAUAUUGUCAGAUACAGCUUUAAAGAACGAACAUACAAACCAAUAAGCUAUGUGGAUCAAAUGGCCAUUCACUUCUCUAUGGAUGGAAACAUGAUACUCAAAGAUUCUGAUGAAGGCAGACGGCAGAAUGCCAGAUCAAGCACUGAAGAAGGUAAAUUUGUUAUUUGA